CUUCUAGUGUUCUCUUUGUUCCCUUUCUUCCUCAAACCUUUCCUGAGAGAAUCACACUUCUCUCUGAGAAAAUGAAGACGCAAGGCUGCUGUGCCAGCUUUUUACAGAGCUCUAAACCCUACUUUGCCAUGAUCUCAUUACAGUUCGGCUAUGCCGGCAUGAACAUCAUAACAAAAAUUUCCCUUAACCACGGGAUGAGCCACUACGUCCUAGUGGUUUAUCGCCACGCCAUUGCCACCGUGGUGAUUGCCCCGUUCGCCUUCUUUUUCGAGAGGAAAGACCAACCAAAGAUAACAUUCCCCAUUUUCAUGCAAAUAUUUGUUUUGGGCCUUCUUGGGCCGGUGAUCGACCAAAACUUCUAUUACGCCGGAUUGAAACUUACAUCCCCGACCUUCUCAUGUGCUAUGAGCAACAUGCUCCCUGCCUUAACAUUUGUCAUGGCCAUUAUGUUCCGGAUGGAAAAAGUUGACUUGAAGAAGGUAAUAUACCAAGCAAAGGUGGUAGGAACAGUUGUGACAGUGGCUGGGGCUAUGUUGAUGACCUUGUACAGGGGACCUAUUGUGGAGCUGGUGUGGUCUAAAUAUGUCCAUCCCAAGAAAUCAAACCUGCCCGAUACGACCAAAACCUCCGAUAAGGACUGGCUCACCGGUUCCAUCCUCCUCAUCAUCGCCACCGUCGCCUGGGCCUCUCUCUUCAUUUUGCAGAAAGUGGCGUUGAAGACAUAUGAAAAGCAUCAUCUUUCUCUCACAUCGUUGAUAUGCUUCAUGGGAACCUUACAGUCUAUUGUUGUCACCUUUGCCAUGGAGCACAAAGCCUCUGCUUGGCACAUUGGCUGGGACAUGAACCUUCUUGCUGCAGCAUAUGCUGGAAUUGUGACAUCAAGCAUUUCAUACUAUGUCCAAGGACUGGUAAUGAAAACUAAAGGACCGGUUUUUGCAACAGCUUUUAGCCCUUUGAUGAUGAUCAUUGUGGCUAUUUUGGGCUCCUUCAUCCUUGCAGAAAAGAUCUAUCUUGGAGGUGUUCUUGGAGCCAUCUUGAUUGUAGCAGGUCUCUACUCAGUUCUGUGGGGAAAGUACAAAGAAGAAAAAGAGACUAUACUCCAAGACGAAAUACCGGAAGCAAUCAAGAGUUCCCAACUAAACAGUACUGCUACGAUGGCCAUAAUUGGAGAUAUUGAAGCUAAUGAUGUUGAGUUGCAGAAAGCGGAAGCUAACAAGCUUUCUGUAGUUGCCAUUAACUUACCAAUCUCUGAUCCUCCCACCAAAGCCAAGCAAGAAGCCUGAACCCAAGCAAAAUUUGGACUUUUUUUUUUUUUUUUU